GGCACUUCAUCAUCUUCAUCACGCACUCCAUCACACACACCAUCAACACACAUCUCUUCAAACAUGGUCAAGGCAGUCAGUGUUGUACGUGGUGACUCUCCUGUCACGGGCACGGUCACCUUUACCCAAGAGUCAGACAGUGCACCUACCAUUAUCGAGAUUGACUUGAAGGACUUGACACCCGGAAAGCACGGGUUCCAUGUUCACGAAUUCGGUGACAACACCAACGGAUGCACCUCCGCCGGUGGUCACUUCAACCCUCUCAACCAAACUCACGGUGCCCCCACUGACUCUGUUCGCCACGUUGGUGACCUCGGAAACUUGGUUGCCGGCCCUGACGGUACCGUCAAGACCAAGAUCGAGGACCAACACAUCAAGUUGAUCGGUCCCUUGAGCAUCAUUGGUCGUACGAUUGUGGUUCACGCUGGUGAGGACGACCUUGGCCGGACUGACCACAAGGAGUCAAAGAUUACUGGAAACGCUGGUGGCCGUGUGGCAUGUGGUGUUAUUGGUGUUGCGAAAUAGAGGAUUAUAAUUCAUAGUUGUAACUGUGUCGGCGGUCACUUUUUUUUUGGCCAUAAAGACUUUACAUUGCAGAAAUAUCAUAUACGAAUACAGAAAUGCCGUGGCCUGAAGGUCUUGAUACCAGA